UAUUGACUGUCUGUACCUCUUCUCCGGUUGUGGGAGGCUGGCGGAGGAGUCUCCACCACCGUAGCCUGUAUCAGUGUGCAGUGUCGGUACGCACCGUGUCCGGUAAACAGCGCAGAGGACGGGGAGGUGAAACGCUCUAUUUUUACUCGCUGUGGAUAUAUAAAGCGCUGCUGCCAGCUGGAAGGGGUGACAGUUGGAGACAUCCUCAGCGCAGCCAGGCGUUAGAGGCGCUGGUGCCCCGGAGAGAGGCAGGAAGACGGAGGACGACUUCUUUCUGUUUUCUCAGCAGCAGGGGAAAGGUGGAGAGAGGGGAAAGAUGCCCAAACCGAUCAAUGUACGCGUCACCACCAUGGACGCUGAGCUGGAGUUUGCCAUCCAGCCCAACACGACAGGCAAACAGCUCUUUGACCAGGUGGUGAAGACAGUGGGUCUGAGGGAGGUCUGGUUCUUCGGCCUGCAGUACACAGACAGUAAAGGCUACAUCACGUGGCUGAAGCUCAACAAGAAGGUGACACAGCAGGAUGUAAAGAAGGAGAACCCUCUGCAGUUCAAGUUCAGAGCAAAGUUCUUUCCAGAGGACGUUUCUGAGGAACUCAUCCAGGAGAUCACCCAGAAACUCUUCUUCCUGCAGGUGAAGGAAGCUAUUCUGAAUGAUGAGAACUACUGUCCUCCAGAGACGGCUGUGCUGUUGGCCUCCUACGCUGUCCAGGCAAAGUAUGGCGACUACAACAAAGACCUUCACAAGCCUGGCUACCUGGCCUCCGACCGACUGCUGCCACAGAGAGUUCUGGAGCAACACAAGCUGACAAAGGAACAGUGGGAGGACAGAAUACAGACCUGGCACGAGGAACACAGAAGCAUGCUCAGGGAGGAUGCAAUGAUGGAGUAUCUAAAGAUCGCUCAGGACCUGGAGAUGUACGGCGUCAACUACUUUGAAAUUAAAAACAAGAAAGGCACAGAACUGUGGCUGGGGGUCGACGCCCUCGGGCUCAACAUCUACGAACACGAAGACAAGUUGUCACCAAAAAUCGGCUUCCCCUGGAGUGAGAUCAGAAACAUUUCCUUCAACGACAAGAAGUUUGUCAUCAAGCCCAUCGACAAGAAAGCUCCAGACUUUGUGUUUUACGCCCCGCGGUUGCGGAUCAAUAAGCGCAUCCUGGCGUUAUGUAUGGGGAACCAUGAGCUGUACAUGAGAAGGAGGAAGCCCGACACCAUCGAGGUGCAGCAGAUGAAGGCUCAGGCCAGAGAGGAGAAGCACCACAAACAGAUGGAGAGAGCACAGCUGGAGAAUGAGAAGAAGAAACGGGAGCAUGCAGAGAAGGAGAAGGAGCGGAUAGAGCGAGAGAAGGACGAACUGAUCGAGAGGCUGAGGCAGAUUGAAGAGCAGACACAGAGAGCUCAGAAAGAGCUGGAGGAGCAGACUCGCAAGGCGCUGGAGUUGGAGCAGGAGAGGAGGCGGGCGAAGGAGGAGGCGGAGCGGCUGGAGAAGGAGAGGCAGGCAGCAGAGGAGGCCAAGGCAGCGCUGGCUCAACAGGCUGCCGACCAGAUGAAGACCCAGGAACAACUGGCUGCUGAGUUAGCAGAGUUCACUGCCAAAAUCGCUCUGCUUGAAGAAGCCAAGAGGAAAAAAGAAGAGGAUGCAACAGAGUGGCAACACAAGGCUCUGGCAGCACAGGAGGACCUGGAGAAAACCAGGGAGGAGCUGAAGAUGGCCAUGACGUCUCCUCCGGCACCAGAACAUGAUGAGCAUGACGAGACCAACGCCGAGGCGAGCGCCGAGCUGCUCAGCGACGGCGUCACCAGCCACCGCAGUGAAGAGGAACGCAUCACCGAGGCACAGAAGAACGAACGUGUCAAGAAACAGCUACAGGCUCUUAGUUCGGAGUUGGCCGAGGCGAGAGAUGACAGCAAGAAAACACAGAACGACAUGCUGCACGCUGAAAAUGUCAAGGCAGGCAGAGACAAGUACAAAACCCUGCGCCAGAUCCGCCAGGGCAACACCAAGCAGCGUAUUGAUGAGUUCGAGUCCAUGUGAGUGGGGUUGAAGGGUGGACCACAACGAUGAAGGGGGACAGUCAGUCUCGUUGCCAUGUCAACGCCUCACUUUCCUCGUAAAGCCCAAAACCUGCUGCCACCCCAGGAACUCCUGCUUUUUUUUCUACCAAGGAGAAAGACUGGCCAAUGGGCUUUGUAGCUUCAGCCUCGCCAAAGCUCUGCCUAGCAGCGGUUGGCCAAUCACACUGCUACCUGCUUUUUAGAGCUCCGCCCCCACCCCAACAAAGCACACAUGUUUUUAUCCGUCGGAAAAAUAGUACACAUGUCCUGUCAAACAUGGACCUCUCCCUUGUACAAUACGGACAAUGUUAAGGCUUGCAUGAAUGAUAAUUAAACAACAGCAGGAGCGAUGAGAGACUGGACAGAAUUGGUUGAUAUUGUGCUUUUACUCAACAGAAUAAAAUGGCCAUUUGUAGCUUGUUGAUGUCGCCGGCACGCUUGUCCGUAAAGCUUUAAUAUCUGUACCUUACUUUUACUUCUCUUGUCAUCAGUUGAACAAUUUAAAUAAUUUGUUUUUAAAAACGCCUUAUUCGUCUCAUUUCCUUCCCAUCUAGUAUUAUUACCUUUUGUCAUUUAGUGUUGGGAACGUUAGCCUGUUCAGUUCUGCAAUUACUGUCAUUGAUCUGUUAAUGUUGCAUCAGCUAGCUUCCUAAAUGGCUGUGUUUGCAAAUGCUCACUCUGACAGAUGUGAGCAAACAGUUAUGCAAACUAAAUUUGCUGAUUUUACAUUCUUACUGUGCUGGCAUUCUCCAUCCAUUGAGACAUUUGUUGAAAUAUAUAUUUUGCCUCACAAUAAAGAAUGAAUUUAUAUUUCCAACUAUGCAGCUACAGUAUGAUCUUAAGGUCCUGACUGAGGUCGUUGAUGGUACAGCUGGAUUUAUUGAUAGAGGAUGUUGUGUUAGACAUACCUGUUCAAACCUGACGCACAGAGUCAGUAUAAAAAACUAAAAAUGUAUAAAACUCAAUGAAACCCUGAAUUUGCUGCUUGAGAAUCCGGUUUGUCUUUUUAUACUUCUCUGUUGUUGACUUGUCUGCAAAUUGGUCAGGCACAGCAGUGUAACAGCAUAAUGAAGCAUUUUUUCAAUAACAUGAGAAAAUGUUAAUGAAUGAUUAGAUAACAUCAUUGACUUUCUCAGCUCACACAGACACUCGUCCCUGCUAGCAGAUACAGCAGACAGAUCUUUCAAAUAACAGCAAGAGCAAACUCAUUCACAUAUUCUUAUUGACAGUCAAUAUUACUCUGCACUGGCACAUUUAUUUGUGUUACUAAAAAUAUUAAAAUUAUUUGUUCUGUCAAAAAAAAAGUUUUGUUGAAAGGUAUUUACCCACAGAACCAUCAUCUGAUUUUGCAAAUUUCUACAGAGAGAAUUGGUGUUUAGUAUUAAGAACUAACAGUAUAUGAUUUAUUAAAUGCAAUCAACACCAAAAACAGUUCUUCUAAACUUAUAUGCAAAGUAACAUUGAAGAGCCAAUAAGGAACCGGACCUGAAAGGAAGGAAAGACAGACCAGACAACAUGAAAAGAGAAGGGCUUUUAUUGCUCACUUUUACAUCAAACAUCAACAGUCAACAUGUCUCAUUUGGCCACAGUUCCCCAAAUUCUGUUGGUAUCAAAGGUUUGUUUUUUGUGCUUUUCUUGGGUUUCAUUGCCUAAAGCUCAGUUGAGUUUCACGGCUCAAUAGCACAAAGGUCUGAAGGGACCCACUCCACAAUGACAUGUAACCCAUUCAAAAAACAGCCAAGACACUUUUAAUGACAGGUAAAACUCUAACGGCGAAAAGCAGAUAUCACAACACUUAAUUUGAUCAUCGCCUAUCAAAUAGACAACUCAGGAUGGAAUCGACCUGUACUCAGGUUUUUUUCUUUCUUUUUUUUUUUUUCUUAAAUUGACGGAAGAUUUG